CCCGGGACCGCCGCGGCCAGAGCUCCCAGCCGCCCAGCCCUCCGCAACAUGCCGUCCGCCGCCGGGCCCUAGCCCCGCUGAGCGCCCUCGCUGUGGAUCUAAUGUCUCCGUGAAGGUGCCGCGGCCGCCGCCUCAGCUUUGCCCCGGGAGGAGCAGCAGGCUGCGGAUUUUCUCCCCGUCUCGGAAGCCCAGCAGAGGCACCAGCUACUCCGCCGGCCCACGCCUGCCCCGUGAAGAUGGGAAGCAAGGCGCUGCCAGCCCCCAUCCCGCUGCACCCGUCUCUACAACUCACUAACUACUCCUUCCUCCAGGCUGUGAACACCUUCCCCGCGGCUGUGGACCAGUUGCAAGGUCUGUACGGACUCAGCGCCGUGCAAACCAUGCACAUGAACCACUGGACAUUGGGCUACCCCAAUGUGCAUGAAAUCACCCGUUCCACCAUCACGGAGAUGGCGGCCGCGCAGGGCUUGGUGGACUCCCGCUUCCCUUUCCCCGCGCUCCCUUUCGCCACGCACCUCUUCCACCCCAAGCAAGGGGCCAUCGCCCACGUCCUCCCAGCAUUGCACAAGGACAGGCCCCGCUUUGACUUUGCCAACCUGGCCGUGGCCGCCACGCAGGAGGACCCCCCGAAGGUGGGGGAGCUCGCCAAGCUGAGCCCCGGACUGGCCUCGCCUCUGUCGAGCAUCAGCAAGCUGUCUCCGGAUAGGAAGCCCUCCCGCGGCCGCUUGCCCUCCAAGACGAAAAAGGAGUUCAUCUGCAAGUUCUGCGGCAGGCACUUCACCAAGUCCUACAACCUCCUCAUCCACGAGCGAACCCACACGGACGAGCGACCUUACACCUGCGACAUCUGCCACAAGGCUUUCCGGAGGCAGGACCACCUGCGGGACCACCGGUACAUCCAUUCCAAAGAGAAACCCUUCAAGUGCCAGGAGUGCGGGAAGGGCUUCUGCCAGUCCAGGACCCUGGCGGUCCACAAAACCCUACACAUGCAGGAAUCUCCACACAAAUGCCCCACAUGUGGAAGAACCUUUAAUCAAAGAAGUAACCUGAAAACUCACCUUCUUACCCAUACAGACAUCAAGCCCUACAACUGUGAGCAGUGCGGCAAAGUGUUCAGGCGAAACUGUGAUCUACGGCGGCACAGUCUAACUCACACCCCGCGGCAGGACUUCUAGAGCAGCCAGGGACCCGCGCCCGCUCCGGCAGCUCCAACUUGCCCACUUUACUCAAGGACUGUAUUGUAGGAACUCACAGACGCGCACACACACACAUACACACGGAGACACGCACGCAGACUCGGGGCCAAGCUUUCCUACCACAUGUCUGCGAAACUCGUUUCGAGAGUGCGGACUGCAGGAUCGGGCCCCUCUCCAACCCACACCCAAGCGUAAAGCUCAUCUUGUAGAUAAUCGCGGCUCAUUUUAGAGCUCUGUACAGAACGUGGUUUUUUUCUUCGUUUGUUUGUUUUGUAUCGUGUCAGAUGCACAUCGAUAACAAAUCGGGGAGGCAAAGUAUCUCUUAAAAGUGUAUUUCAAAAUAAAUCCUUUUUUUUUUUUCCAAAUAC